AUGGGUAGGGGAAGGAAAAGAAAGGGCUAUGUUGCCUUCAAGGGUCGUGGACCGGCUGACCACGGAUUCACUUCACAGGGCGGCGCUUCUGGUAUAGGUCUCGCAACCGUACAGGCCCUACAUCGACUGGGGGCAAAUGUCUAUGUUGCGGACUACGCCGACAAGACACCAGCAAACUUUCCAAGCUCCACGGAGCAGAGCACCGUUCAAUUCUUCGGCCGCUGCGACAUCUCCAGACGGGAAGAUUGCCACAACUUCAUCAGCUCUAUCCCCGGCCGCCUGGACGGCGUGGUGAAUUGCGCGGGUAUCGCCAAAACCGAAGGGCGGAUUGCGACGGACGAGCUGUGGAACAGGACCAUCGCGGUCAACCUUACAGGCACGUGGAAUAUGUCGACCGAAGCUGUUCUCCGAAUGUCCAAACAAGACGUCCGAACGUCCAGCAACGGUCCGUUCGUCGGCACCACGAACAAGUCGGUCGGACAAGGCGCGAUUGUGAACAUCUCAUCGGGCGCCGGGUUCAGAGGACACCCGGAGUUGGCGGCGUACUGUGCGAGCAAACACGGCGUGCAUGGGGUGACAAAAGCCAUGUCGAAGGACUGGCCGCACAUCAGGAUGAAUGUGGUUGCUCCAGGAGUGAUCAAGACCCCGAUCAUAGGCAACACCCCAGAAGUGGCAGCCAAGAUCCAAGAAAAGCUGGAGGCCGUGGGCAAGAAAAUGGGACUGCCGGAGGAUGUUGCGGACGUUGUUAUCUUCCUGUUGAGCGAUGCCAGUGCCUGGAUGACGGGGCAGGUUCUAUCUAUCAACGGCGGCAGUGACUGA